GGCCUUCUUAACUGCCGUCAAUUCACAGAAUCCUAAUAAUCAUAAAUGAAAUGUUGCUUCCUGCUGCUACUAUACGGAUCUCAGAGCACAAAGCAAUGGCCAGAAAAACGCUCUCCUUACCGCACCUCCCCUUUGUGUUGCUCCUCAUCUUCUCAGCGGAGACACUGGUCCAUGUGCGAGCCCAGAAAACUUGGUGCGUGGCGAAGCCUUCCUCUGAUGAGGCGACUCUGCUUGCGAACAUCAACUACGCUUGCUCUCAAGUGGACUGCACCGAGCUACAGAGAGGAAGGCCCUGCUUUUACCCGGACAGUCUCAUCUCCCAUGCUUCCGUUGCAAUGAAUCUGUAUUACCAGUCCAGGGGAAGGAACCAGUGGAAUUGCUUUUUCAAGAACUCUGCUCUUGUUGUCGCCACUGAUCCAAGUUAUGGGGGCUGUUUUUAUGCCUGAUGAUGAAAGAGGACUACAGCAGCCGCUUCGGUGAUUUGCUUUCAGCAUUAGUUUGAUGGGACUGGUUUCUUGUUGUUUUGUGUUGAAGAACUCUAUGUGAACUCGCAUCUAGUUUGCGAAUAUUGUGUGUUUUUUUUCAAGUAUUUUUGCUGAGAAGAUUUAGUGAUCCGUGGUUACUUUUGCAUUUCA